CGGUUCAGACAUGCGGCAGCACCAUCCUGCCCCCUGAGAGCUACCAAGCUUUGCGUAGCUGUGAGUAUGAGGAGAUUGCUCAGCUUAUAGUUCAACGUCGUUCCAUCAUUUCCAUCCUCCCUCCUGUGAAUAUCCAAUCCUUCCACAGCUUCUCAACGCGUCAAAUCUUGACAAAAUUAUCUGUCGCGUCGCGUAGACUUGAAAUCAACCUCCAUAUCGCGACACAAGCCUCCGGCUUCGAGUAACUGCCGUUUAUCUCCAACGCGCCAAUCGUUGCGCCCAAUUCGUCCACCCGACUACACACCUCACAAUCCCCCGAAUUACAUCGCAAGAUGCCUCCCGAGUUACGAAAGCGCAAGGCGCCUGCUGCUGAACCUGCUGCAGCUCCUCCUGCCAAAAAGAAGGGUCCUGUCGCAAAGGCCGUCGCAAAAGUCAAGGAAGUUAUCGCGCCAAAGACCACCAAGACUGCUGCAGCUAAGACCAAUGGAGAUGCAAGCCAGAAGGUCGCUGUUGGAGAGACGAUCGAUCUUGAAGGCUUUGGGGGUGAGAUCGAGACCAAUGAUGGUGUUAAGACAACAUUGAAGAAAUUGGUGGAUGAGAGCCAGAGUGGGGUUGUUUUGUUCACCUAUCCCAAGGCGAGCACACCAGGCUGCACGAACCAAGCAUGCAUGUUCCGUGACCAAUAUACUCCCCUCACUGCUACCGGAUUUUCCAUCUAUGGAUUGUCCAAAGACUCUCCCAAGGCCAAUACUACCUUCAAGACAAAGCAGAAUCUGCCAUAUCCUCUGCUCUGCGAUACUAGCGCUACCCUCAUCUCUGCAAUUGGCUUGAAGAAGGCUCCUGCUAAUACCACAAGAGGUGUAUUUGUCAUUGAUAAGUCAGGAAAGGUUCUUGCUGCUGAACCAGGUUCUCCAGCCGGAACUGUUGAAGUUGUCAAGAAGCUCGUUGAAGGAGGAGAAGCCACUACCGCAGCACCAGUUACUGAGGCUGUCGAAGAGCCAAAGACCGAGACAACCAAUGGUGUCAACGGCACGAACGGUCUUACCAAGGAGGAUACCGAUAAGGCCGAAGUUGCUGCUGAAGUUGCUGACACUGCCGAGAAGCUUGAUAGCAACGAUGCCAAGCCUGUCGUAGCUUAACGACAAUCGGACCAGUGCUCAAUAUGCGUGUGGGUUUUUCUACUUUCCAUGUUACUUGAGCAAAAAUGGGACAUGGAGAAUGGAAAAGCGUUGGAACUGAAUCUGGGUUUUUAUGGUUGUUGGCUCUUUUUUCUCCGCUGUUCUUAAUAGUGAAGCAAAUUAUGGGGCGAUGCAAUCAGGAAAGCGUGUACACAAAUUACAUACUUUGUCUAAUCUGCUGUUCAUCUCAUGAAUGUGAUUGUAACCGUAUUGGAGAGAUGGAUAC